AUGCACCCAUCUCGCGCUGAAGAAGCAUCACAACCCUGCUUUAAUGGCUGUUUCCCAUCUCCACUUCUUGUCUCUGAGAAGUCCCAUAAUACUUCCAAGUCUAGAGUCAAUAAUAAUAAGGUAACUGCAUCAAGAAACGAUGACUUCGCCGCAGCCACAUCUUCAACUCUUCACCCCCACACACACUUCACAAACCAUGAGUCCCUACCAUCUUUGCACGACUCUUACAUUAGCUUCACUAAAGCAUUCCCUCAAUUUUCCUCUACUGCCCAAGUUGAUCAAAUUCGAGCCCAAGAAUACCAUCAUUUGAACCACUCCAACAUCAGUUUCGAUUACACUGGAUAUGGCCUUUUCUCCUAUGCUCAAAAACAAAGAUCUCGCUCCACAACUUCACUUGCUUCUUCUUCUUCAUCAUUGCCCUAUUUGACAUCAGAACCUUCCUUCUUUGAUAUAUCCUAUAAGUCAGUGAACUUGCAGUCACAGAUUCUUUACGGUGGGCACGAGUCAGAAAUAGAAUCCGGAAUUAGAAAAAAAAUCAUGGCAUUUAUGAAUGUCUCCGAAGCUGAUUACACCCUUGUUUUCUUUGCUAAUGAGGUAUCUGCGUUUAAAAUUGUAGCUGAUUCUUUCCAAUUUCAACCCAACGGAGAGCUCCUCACAGUGUAUGAUCAUAGCAGCGAGGCAUUGGAUACGAUGAUUGAGAGUUGCAAGAAGCAAGGGGUGCAUAUUUUGUCAGCGCAGUUUUCCUGGCCCAAGCUUGGAAUCGAGUGGAGAAAAUUAAAGAAGAUGAUAAUGAAAAGAAGGGAAAAGAGAAAAGGAGGCCUAUUUGUUUUCCCGCUUCAUUCCAGGGUUACAGGAGCACCAUAUUCCUAUGCUUGGAUGUCCAUGGCACAAGAAAAUGGGUGGCGUGUAUUGCUUGAUAUGUGCGCAUUGAAACCUAAGGAAAUGGGCACCUUGGGUAUGUCUCUUUUUAAGCCUGAUUUUAUGGUUUGCUCAUUUUACAAAGUCUUCGGUGAAAACCCAUCAGGUUUUGGUUGCUUAUUUGUCAAAAAAUCUAGUAUUUCUGUUUUAAAAGAUCCAGGAAAUGCUACAAGCGUGGGAAUUGUAAGCCUUGUCCCAGCAUUUAGGCAACCUCAACUCCCUCAAGAAUCAAUCACUGUAAUUGAAGAGACUGAAAUUUCUGAUCAGCAUGAGAUUGAGGAAGUUUUUGUAAAAGAAAUUGAGGAGUUAAGCACAUCCUUUGACACGUCUAAAAAUGAAAGGUUGGAGAUUGAUUGCAGAGGAUUAGACCAUGCAAACUCGGUGGGGUUAUUGUUGAUUAGUAGCAGGGCCAGGUAUUUGAUAAAUUGGUUGGUUAAUGCAUUAAUGAGUCUCAAACAUCCACAUCAUGAAAAUAGGCCUUCACUAAUUAGGAUCUAUGGGCCAAAGAUAAGUUCUCUACGGGGGCCAGCUGUGGCAUUUAAUAUAUUUGACUGGAAAGGUGAAAAAAUUGAUCCGACACUUGUGCAGAAGCUAGCUGAUCGUAACAAUAUCUCGUUAAGUAGCUCAUUUCUGAAAAAUAUAAGGUUCUUGAACAAGAAUAAAGAGAACCAAUGGGCCCACGAAACUAGAGCAUGUGAGGGGGGAGGGUUGGGCCAGUCCAAGAAAACUCGAAAAGAGUGUGGGAUAUUUGUGGUGACUGCUGCAAUGACUUUCUUGACAAACUUUGAAGACACUUACAGGUUAUGGGCUUUUCUUUCUAGGUUCUUGGAUGCAGACUUUGUGGAGAAGGAGAGGUGGAGAUACAUGGCUCUAAAUCAAAACACUAUUGAAGUAUGAAUGCUUUGCUUCCUUCUUUUUUUUUCCCUCCGUUAUUUUUCUCAGCUAAUUAACAUUUUUACUGUUACAUUGUUUUAGAAUCAUGUCAAGGAUCUUAAAAUUUGUACCAAACUUUUGUAUGAUAAAUUUAUCUCUGUAUUUUAAAUUCUUGAAUACAGA